GUCCUUAUGAUAACGAAACAAAAAAAUAUCUGCUGUUAUCUGAACUUAAUCACGAUUUUCGGGGUGAUUAAAAUAGCCAUUCGAUAAUUCCAGGUUCAAAGGUAUUUAGUUGUCACAUGAUCUUCACCCCAGCCCUUGUGAUCAAAAUACCAACAAGUAAAUGAUUCAAAAAGUCUGCGAAACGUCUAACACAAUAUUACGUCAGCCAUGGGUUUGGUGGAGUAUAUACAUCCGUAUUUAGCAGAGGCGGACUACAGAAAGACGUCCGUUAAACUAACUUUCAUUUUUUCAUCGUUCAUUUUCUACUCACUUCUUUACAUUUUUUCUCACGUUUUUGGAAGUGGUACACGUACUUAUAACAAUCUUACUAAAAAGGAAAAAGUCUUUUGGAAUCUAGCUGUUGUUCGUGCAAUUUAUGGUAUCUUCUGUACUAUCGUUGGAAUCUGGGCUAUAUUUGUGGACGAAGAAUUGGAGAAAGAUGUUGUUUUCGCUACGACUCCGACAAGUUAUUUUGCCUUGACCGUUACGGUAGGAUUUUUUAUUUUCGAAUGCUCCGCAAUUAUUAUUUCGGACAUAAUCUACCGGAAGUUCAGUUUUCUGUUAAACCUGCACCAUUGGCUUUCUCUGGUUGGAUACAGUGUUUUGAUGAUCGUUGAAAGUAGUCACUGCUUCGGAACAAAGGGACUUAUAUUAGAAAUGAGCACGCCAUUUUCUGCAAUAUGCUGGACAGUGUUAAAAGUUGGAAAGGCUGACACUUUGUUAUGGAAAGCAAAUCAGUUCCUUUUGGUUCACACUUUCCAUUUACGGUCGGUAGUUGAAUGCUUUCUGUGGUAUAUAACAUUUAAACAUUGGGACAGAAUAUGGGAGGCCAUGCCACUGGCAUUGUUUAUUAUGCUCUAUACCCAGCUGACGUUGGUCACGUUCGUCAUGACACCAUACUGGACAUACAAAAAAACGCAACAAAUGAUCGUGCCCGUCGAUUGGAACUUUGAAGAGUCAAACAAAACUCGUAUGACGAACGGUGCUGUUGAAAAGAAAACGGCAUAAACUUGAUUUGUAAGUGAGAAAUACUCAGGAAGUUGACACUAUAUACAAAUAAUUUUGAUAUCAUUUUGUUUUGUUUUAAUAAAUUGUUUCAAAUAAAAAAAAGUACAUGCAUUCUCAUAAAAAUUUACGAUUA